UUUUUUUUCCUCUCCUAGUUGUGUUGUACCAACCGGCAAUGAUGACGAUGAUGAGACCGACGACAGUGCACGGGACUUUGUCAAAUUGCCUGGACGGUUGUCGUGAUUGUUUUUCACUCGUUUGAAGUGGAAAAAUUCAUUUGAAAAACUCCAACUCAUGCGCUGAGAUUUUUUCACACGUGCCGGUGACAUCGUGGGACUUUGGAUCCACUAACGAGGACAUUUCGAUUGAUUGAUUGACUCGUUUUCAAUAAUGGUUCAUUGAUUUUCCACGAUUUUUCCUCUGUGAAUAACGAUUUUCAUCACCGAUCACGGUUAUUUAAUCUGAAAAUUGAUUGUCGGGUGAUUAAAAAAUAGCCGGUCAAUUGAUUUUAUUUAUUUAUCAAUUAUUUUUUUCGAGUGUGGGAAGAUCGGGCGUCGGACGAGAGGUUGAAGUGAGAAUUUUUGCCGGUUUAUCGAGUUUUGGGAAGAUGAUCGGUCUGGCUGGUGUUGCACUGGUGUUUCUACUGGGACUUGCGGGUCCUGGGGGUGAGGCCAGGAAGGUCGCACCUCUUAUUGAGGAUGAAUGGGCCAGGAGACCCCAUCGGGCUGCCGAGUGCACGUUUGGAAAACAGAUUAGGGAGCUGGGGUCCACGUGGUACGCAGACCUGGGGCCCCCCUUCGGGGUCAUGUACUGCAUAAAGUGUGAAUGCAUACCCAUACAAAAGAAGAGGAGAAUAAUAGCCCGAGUGCAGUGUCGAAAUAUAAAAAACGAGUGCCCAAAACCGAUGUGCGAUGAGCCAGUAUUAUUACCCGGGAGAUGUUGUAAAUCAUGCCCUGGAGAUUACAGCGCGGAGAUUGUUCAUGAUUUGCCCAUUCAGCAGACUUUGGAGGAGGAGGAGAGAAGUUUGAAACAUUUCGCCACCCUGAUAAGCAGCAGAACCUCGCGUCAUCUCCACGACGAAGCGUCCGAGACAAAUCCUUCAAUCGCUUCGUACGUGGCAGCCGGACGCUUCACCUUCCACCGCAAGAACCUGUACUACUCGUUCACCCUGGGCGCAUCGACACCCCGCCCCAGGAGUCUCCAGUUCAUCGACGAUGAGGGAUCGAUCCUGGAGGAGCAAAUAAUUGAUCCAAUCGGUGGAGCUUAUCAGAACGCCACCGGUAAGCUGUGCGGAGUGUGGAGAAGAGUCCCGAGGGAUUACCGGAAGAUUCUCCGAGAGGAGCAGCUCUUCGUCUCCCUCAUCUGGGAGACAACGACAACGACUAUGAUGACCACGACUGUCACAUCGACGAUGUCCACGUCAUCGCUUACCGGACAGCUGGCCAGAUACAAGGCCCUGUCCACUGAACAAUUCUCAUCACUUCUGGAGCCGACUAUGGGUGUUGACAGGACGAUGAUGACAGGAUCAUCAGCCACAGCCAUUAUUUCCGUCAGCUCGACGUCAGCGCCCUCAAUCCACGUCUCCCUCGCCUUCAACGGAGUUUUCUUCCCAGAAGACAUCGUCGAUGUUCCCCUGAUCGUGAUCAUUGAGCACGUUGAAAAGGACUACGUCCUCCUGACGGAGGAGAUCACCAUCAAGAAGCCAUCGAAUGACAUCAACUUCGGAGAAGUCCGUUCGGCCCUCUCAGGUGCAGACCUGCGUCUGCUGUCCCGUGGCAAAUUGUACAUCACCAUUGCCUCGAGGAAGGAUUCUCAGGCGUUGAGACUGGCAGGGCCCAUUGGUCCGCGCACCAGCUGCGACGUCUUCCAAGCGCUUCUCGCGCCUGAAUCGGGGACUGAGGGCUCGGGCCUGGCCUGGGCCUUUCUGGAUCGCUUUGGUGCUCUCCGAUAUGGCAUGAAACUCGCUGGAAUUGACGAUAAGAAUCCCAUGGUGACUCUCGUGGAUGACGGUGUCAAGAGGAAAACCGAACUUGAGGAUCUCACGGCAUCUUUGAUUGCGGGGACCAAUGGAAAUGGAACAUUGGAGCGACCGGGCCCUAGAUUACUGGAGCCACUGUUCAAAGGUGAAUUGGGAGUGGUGGUUAAUUCUCCUUUAGGAUCGACUCUGAGGGGAAGACUUAUGCAGCGUCCCGUGGCAGAGGCCAAGGACACAUCGACGCCAUUUCUGUUGAGGCCCGCCGGAAGUAAUGGUAAUGUGGGUCUUAUCUGGCUGGCAAUUGAUGCAGACUGUGUACUUCAUUAUGAGCUAGAGGUUGGAGGGCUUCCAGAGGAGGUCAACGAUGACGACGAUGACGAUGAGGAGGAGGCGAGUCUCAGGUUGUACCUGGAGACGAUGCCCCUGCUGGCUCAGGGUGCCCCCGUCUCCCGGAGGCUUCUCGAGGAGUUCAAUGGAAAUGUUCUCGAGGGAUCAGUCACUGGACUCUCACCCAUUGAACUUUACAGAAUUGACUCGGGGAUAGGCUUCCUGGAGGUGAUGGCUGUCAACAAAAAUGUCAGCACCAAAAUGCUAAAGGGCCAGUUCAAGACUCGGGCCCCGCUCAGCUGUCUCCCCCAUUACGCAGAUAAUGAUGUCGCUAGUGUAAUGGUUUAUAGCUUGCAUCCUUCGAGUGCGGAGAUCGAGACAGCCAGUUGCUUCCACGAGACGAGAUUUUACGAGGAGGGUAUACAGUGGACGGCCAAGAGCGAUCCCUGCUUGAUGUGUCAUUGCCACAGGGGUGUUGCCAAGUGUGAUACAGUGCCAUGUCCACCUAUCAAUUGUCCGGCUUACAGGAGAGCCAGGGCACCACCUGGUCAUUGCUGCUCCGUUUGUCUAGGACUACCUCCUGAUAACUUCACAACAGAGAAUCCUCCGCGGACGACCCCCGGGUCUAAAACCACGGAGGAUACCAACAGUGUUGGUGCCUUCAAGGGUUGUACACUAGCUGGACAAUUUCAUGUUGCUGGAGCGUCAUGGCAUCCUUAUCUACCUCCUGCAGGCUUCGACACUUGCGCCAUAUGCACUUGUGACCCUGUGAGCCUUGAAGUUCGUUGCCCCAGGGUGCAGUGUCCCACCCUCGACUGCGACGAAAAAAUAGCUGUUCGACCGGACAAGAAGGCAUGCUGCAGGCAGUGCCCCCUGGUCAGUGUCAUCCCCAUUGGUGGCACCAAUCCACCAGCGACAAAUCCGGGAGGUGAUGGAUGUCUACCCAAGGAUCAAGCUGACUCUCUCCACAUGUACGCAGCAAAGCGCACACCUGAGGAGAUAUUAGCUGAUGGAGGGUGCAAAUAUCCCAUGGGGGGUCCGUACGAAAAUGGAAAGGAGUGGCAUCCCAAAAUUCACUCUCAUGGAGAAAUCAAAUGCGUCAAGUGUCGGUGCAAGAACGGCGAAGUGAGAUGCGACCGGAAACGAUGUCCCAGGUCCCUCUGCAAUUCAAUAGCCAACCAAUUGAAACGCGGCGAACGUAUUCCGGAUGCUGACGACUGCUGUACCACCCAGUGCAGACGCGCACGCAGACAUCAUCGCAAUCAUCGCAAUAAUCAUCAUCAUCAUCAACAGACACGUCAUCAUGCAUCAUCCAAGAACCCUAAGCACUCGGUCACACCACGUGAUCUCAGUUGAGCUUGUUGACAGGUUCAAAAUGAUGUUUUUUUUUUUCCUUUUUUUUUCUUUUGCGUUUCUUUUUGUUUUUGCGGAGAAAAUAAUUCCAAGGCUGUCUGUGUCAUUUUCCUUAAUGGAAAUGGAUUUGAAAAAGGUACAUGUUAUGGCCUUCCUGUUUUGGUAGGAAGGAAAUGCGGAUAAAAAUCAAUUUUUAUAAACCUUAAUUGGACUGAAUUGAUGCUAUUCAGCUGUUUAAGGGAAUGAUGAUAGAUUGUUGCGCGUGGUAAUAUUUAUGGUGAAUUUUAUUUUAUUUUUUUUUUUCAAUUCUGGUGUUUAAGUGGAAUGCGGAAUGUUGGGGGCGGGGGAGGGGGGAUAUCCGGCAUUAAACACUGAUUUUAAAAUCAAUUUGAUCCGAUUGGCUGUUGAAUUGUGGCUGAUGAUUUUCCGAUGAUUUUUUCUUUUUUGACCGUCAAUUAUAAUUUUUUCAAUUAAUGAAAAAUUGAAGGAAAAAUCAGCACAUGACAUCAGAAAUUUUUCUGAUUUUUUAAUUGAUUUCUCAUCUUUUCAUCUCUUCGGGCUCGAGAUUUAUGGGAAAUCGGUGAUUUUAUUUUUUGGCGGGAAUUUGAGAUUUUGUAAAUUUUUGAGGUUAUGGAGAGAUGGCGGGAUGAUUCAUCAGUGAAACAUCUGGAAAGUCAUCGCGAAUGUGAUUUUUUCCCCGUUCCAAUUAAGCAUCGAGUUGCCUUCAUCUUCCAUUCGGUUAACCGAGACUGCAUAUUUUUUUUUUUGUUAAUUUUCAUCAAUUGGAUUCUAUUGAAGGGUCUGUCUAUAUUAACUCAAGUGUAGAAAAUUGAAGGGAAGUCGUGGGACAUCGGGAAGGGAAAGGGUUGUGAUGAUCAAUCGAUGAUGAUUAUUUUUUCGAUCAAUCAAAUUUUUUUUAACUUUGAAAAAUCAACGAAUUGAGAGGCGUCAUUGAUAAAAUUCAUCAUCAACAAUUGAACUAUCAGAAUUCACGAUUGAUUUAAUGAUUUAUCAAUCAUUGAUGAUUACUGAUUUUUAGAAUGAUUUUCUCGUGGAAAAUGACAAGAUGACCAAUAGGGGAAAUUUGGGAUGAGUUUCAAAAAAAUGACUGAUCAAAAAUUUGAUCUGAUGAUUCAAUUGAUGAUCACAUCCAGACGAGUUACCCAGCAACCAAAGAAGACUGAAGAACCUCGAUGGGCGUCAUCGGUUUAUCGUUUUAUUCGAUUUAUUAUUAUUAUUUUUGCUUAUCUUUUACUAAUUUACUUAUUUUAUUAAUUAUUACUGAUAAAAUAUUAAUCAUUAAUUAUCUCGUUGUCAUCAUUAAUUAUCAUCUAUCAUCUUUCAAUCUUUCAUACUCAUUCUAGCUUCUCAUAUUCUCAUUGUCAUUUAUGAUAUAUCAAUUAUUGCGCGCUUGGAAUUGACAGUGGGGACUAAUUAUUUAAAGGGUUAUUCACUUUUAGAUUAAUUUUUCGAUUUUAAAUCUCGAAAACUGCGAUAAAAAUCGAUCGUCAAAAGAUAUUAAAAUGAUUUAAUACGGAAUUAUUGUGAGAAUUAUAUUAUUCAUUGAAUCCGUAUCAAUCGAGACGGAUUCCUCAAAUUUUGUUUUUUUUUUUAUUUCGACGAUGGAAUUUUAAUGAUUUUUUUGAAGAUUUUGUGAGCGCAAAAAAAUGAUCGGUCGUGUGUGAGAAUGACCGCUCAAGUGAAAGAGUAAAAACCACCGGAGAUUUCAAUCUUUCCAUGUCUUACGAAACAGUCAAUUAUCUCGACAAUGAGAGCCUGACAUUUUCCUCUAGGAUCACUCGUUAUUGAGAUGGAUGGACUUUUACGAAAGAAUGUCGACAAACGUCCGCCGCUGAUCAAAUCCAGCAACAAUUAAAUAUUCAUCAGUCAAAGUACCAGUUUAGCGAGUAAAUGGCGAGAGUAAAUUGAGUGGUAACAGGUAAUAACAGGGAUUUUUACUUGAUUACACCUCGAAAAGGUCCCGGAUCUCUGAAAUUAUCAUCUUCAUUGGAAAAUCCAUUGCUUAUCAGACAAGCUUUUGUCGCACGUCACUAACUACUUUCCACAUAAUUUCAAUCAAAAAUCACUCGAGCAGUCCAUCCCAUCCCCUUGCGCUCUUUUCCCUCGGGCAAUUAUAAUCCUACGAAAAAAAAAAAA